AGACAAAGAAGAAGGCGCGGGGCAUUGUGGUUACUGUCAUGGUGGCUGACGCUCGGUGAGACGGAAACGUUUCGCUGUCUGUUUGCGCCGUUCGGUAGUUGUCGGGACAGUUUAAGUGAGGUUUUUAACGUUGUUUGUUGGUUAAACCUGCCAUCAGAAUGGCGUCUACAGCGGCAGGGAAACAGCGGAUACCGAAGGUGGCGAAGGUGAAGAAUAAAGCUCCGGCAGAGGUUCAGAUCACUGCAGAGCAGCUGCUAAGGGAAGCCAAAGAGAGAGAGCUCGAACUCCUGCCACCACCACCGAAACAGAAGAUCACCGAUCAGGAGGAGCUCAAUGACUACAAACUGAGGAAGAGGAAGAGCUUUGAGGACAACAUCAGGAAGAACCGGACCGUCAUCAGUAACUGGAUCAAAUACGCACAAUGGGAGGAAAGUCUGAAGGAGAUCCAGAGAGCUCGUUCCAUUUACGAGCGGGCGCUAGAUGUCGAUCAUCGCAACGUCACUCUGUGGCUAAAGUACGCCGAGAUAGAGAUGAAAAGCCGCCAGGUGAACCAUGCCCGCAACAUCUGGGACAGAGCCAUCACCAUCCUCCCACGAGUCAACCAGUUCUGGUACAAGUACACCUACAUGGAGGAGAUGCUGGGAAACAUCGCCGGCUGCAGGCAGGUCUUUGAGCGAUGGAUGGAAUGGGAGCCUGAAGAGCAGGCCUGGCACUCUUACAUCAACUUUGAGCUGCGCUACAAGGAGGUGGAGAAGGCCCGCACCAUUUAUGAGCGAUUUGUCAUCGUUCACCCUGAGGUGAAAAACUGGAUCAAGUACGCUCGCUUCGAAGAGAAGCACGGCUACAUCGCCCACGGCAGGAAGGUGUACGAGCGGGCAGUGGAGUUCUUUGGGGAGGAACAUGUAGACGAAAACCUCUUUGUGGCCUUCGCCAGGUUUGAGGAGACUCAGAAGGAGUUCGAGCGAGUCCGGGUGAUCUAUAAGUACGCUUUGGACAGAAUCCCUAAACAUCAGGCACAGGAGCUCUUCAAAAACUACACCAUGUUUGAGAAGAAGUUUGGAGACCGCAGAGGAAUCGAGGAUGUCAUCGUCAGCAAGCGAAGGUUCCAGUACGAAGAGGAAGUUAAGGCGAAUCCACACAACUACGACGCCUGGUUCGAUUACCUCCGUCUGGUGGAGAGCGACGCCGACGCAGAUACGGUGAGAGAUGUCUAUGAAAGAGCCAUCGCCAACAUCCCACCCAUCCAGGAGAAGAGACACUGGAGGCGAUACAUCUACCUGUGGAUCAACUACGGUCUGUAUGAGGAGCUCGAGGUCAAGGAUCCCGAGAGAACGAGGCAGGUUUAUCAGGCCUGUCUGGAACUCAUCCCCCACAAGAAGUUCACAUUUGCUAAGAUUUGGCUGCUCUUUGCUCAGUUUGAGAUCCGACAGAAGAACCUGCAGGCAGCCAGAAAGAUCAUGGGCACGGCGAUUGGGAAAUGCCCGAAGAACAAACUGCUGAAGGGCUACAUCGAGCUGGAGCUGCAGCUGCGAGAGUUCGACCGCUGUAGAAAGCUGUACGAGAAAUACCUCGAGUUCACCCCCGAAAACUGCACCACCUGGAUCAAGUUUGCUGAGCUGGAGACAAUCCUGGGAGACGUCGAGCGGGCUCGGGCCAUCUUCGAACUCGCCAUCGGGCAGCCACGGCUGGACAUGCCAGAGGUUCUGUGGAAGUCCUAUAUCGACUUUGAGAUUGAGCAGGAAGAGUUUGAAAACACCAGAAACCUUUACAAAAGGCUACUGCAGCGCACUCAGCACGUCAAGGUUUGGAUCAGCUACGCCAAGUUCGAGCUGUCGGUGGACGGCCCCGACCGACUGCAGAAGUGCCGGCAGAUCUAUGAGGAGGCCAACAGGAGCAUGAGGAAUUGCGAGGAGAAGGAGGAGAGGCUGAUGCUGCUCGAGUCCUGGAGAGACUUCGAGAAGGAGUUCGGCACAGACAGCACUAGAGAGCGGGUGAGGAAGCUGCUGCCGGAGAAGGUGAAGAAGAGGAGGAAGCUGACUGCCGAGGAUGGGUCGGACGCUGGCUGGGAAGAGUACUACGAUUACAUCUUUCCAGAGGACGCCGCCAAUCAGCCCAACCUCAAGCUGCUCGCCAUGGCCAAGAUGUGGAAGAAGCAGCAGGUCAUCACGGAAGACGAUGAGACGCUUCCAGAAAAUGGUCCGCCGGCGGCUGAAGAGACAACAAAACAGUCUGUGGAGGCGGCAGCUUCUCCUGAGAAUCGGCUGACGACUGCGUCCAGCAGAGAAACUGCGGCUGAGAUGGAACAGGAGAAAACGUACGAUGACCGAGACGACGACAACGGCAGCAGCAGCGGGAGUGAGGGUGAGGAGGAGGAGAAAAAAGGUGGAGAGAGGAAGGAGAGCAGGAGCAGCGAGGAAGAUAAAGAGUAAAUUCCCCGCUCAGGGACUCGAGGGGAGCAGACAGUCUGGAUUUUUCUAGUAUUUUUUUAAUUACUUUUUUUUUUUUUUUAAACACGAGUCUUUAUUGUAUGUUUUCUUUGUGCGAUUACACAAACAUCAGCUCAAAGUCACGUGUUGUGUGUUCUUUUUCUAAAUGUUCAUUUAAUAUUUACAGUAGAUGAAACUCUUUGUAGGACCAGUGGCUCUCUGAGGAAUGACAGUUUAUCAAUGUACGAGUAUCACAGAGUCAGAGAGCCACAGUCUGCUGUUAUUCGAUGUCCUCGGGUCUGACGGGGUGCGGCAGUGGGAUGAUCGACUUCUUCUCCGUGUCUCUGGACAGAGCUUUCCUCAUGUCUGAAGGAGAAAGGCAGCAGGUUUUGUCCUUUAGUAACACACUUCGUAAAUUAAUAAAAACCAUGUAAAUUUAAGUGUAGAGCAGAAGGCACAGAGCUGUCGGUGAGCUGAACGGGGCUGUAUUAGAGUCUCUCACUGUUGUUUCAAAACUAACAUCAGCAGUUAAAUUAAAAGUUUAAGUAUUCUGUCAGUGCACCACCGUUUAAGAUCCACACCGGUCAGACUGACAGCAAUCGGAAAACGAUAAAACAUCUGAUGAUGGAACACUGUACAGCAUACAGUGGUAAUGGCCUGUAUUUGUAUAGCACUUUACACAUCCAGUCAUCCACCCAUUCACACACUGGUGAUGGCAAGCUACAUUGUAGCCACAGCCACCCUGGGGCGCACUGACAGAGGAGAUGAACCUGAACGAGUGUCAAAUUUCUCAAGAGAGGUUGAACUUGAGACAGACCCCAUGUGGAACAUCUGUCACAUGAGAGAUAUUCAAGUCCUUACCAAUUUGAAAACAAAUUCGGGUGGCUGUGGCUCGGGAGGUAGAGCACGUCAUCGACUAUCUCCAAGGUUAGUAGAUGACCUGUAGUUGGUUGGUGGUUUGAGGCACUUUUGGGGGUCAAAUGCACUCGAAUACAGUUCAGAUACAUGUUGCUUCAUGCAGAUCAUAAAAAUCUGUUGUUUACAUCCUGCUGCAGAGGUCAGAAUAAUUCAUGAUGAUGCUAAAAGCUGCCGUACAUCUGUGCACCAAUUCAAGUCUCCUGGAUCGUUUUAAUAUUGCUCAUUGCUAUGGUAACGUCUCUGUGCAAAUCACAUCAGCUGUGAGUUUAACAGCUGGGGAAGGCAAUAAAGGAAGCAACUUUCUGAUUGGCUGCAGAUGCAGUUAGAAACCUUUCUGAGAUAAAAAUGACUCUGCUGCGAUCUUACCAUAAGCAUCUUCAUCUGGCUCUCCAUUGCUGGCAGAGUAAUACUCUAUGACUGUCCUGUACACGCUGUAGCCCAGACGUUUGUACAUGUUCACUGCCACCUGGUUGGACACUCGUACGAA